CGAACCAUUAGUUCCUCCCGCGGGAAAAGUGACAAAAGUCCAGUGAUACCAGUAUCUCAUCUCUGUCUCUCUCUCUUUCUGUCUGUUACUGGUCUUCAGGUCAACAAUGGCGGACGGUGACGGUUGGGAUCUAAAGUUUGAGCACAUUGACUGGGUAGACAUCUCUGAUGCUGAACUAUCAGGAAACCAGGAGGCACUGGAACAACUUAUGAACAAGUCAAUAGAGAUCAAACAGCAAUUAGCCAACAGUUCAUUCUCAGCUCCUCCUCCUCCUCAAACUCCAGUAUCCACCACACCAUUAACUCACUCCACUCCUAACGAACAACAACCUCCCCAGUCAACACCUAAAUCGGCUCUAGAGGGACAGGUAUUCUUCCCUCCCUCCUCCUCCUCCGCUAAUAAAGAGAACAUGAGUACUUCUAUAAUCAACGCUUCAUCUCCAGGCCUGUUGACCACGCCCAAUAGUUGUCGUAGCAACAUGAACGGAUCAUUUCGAGUACCAUCGGCCUCUUACGCUCGAGCUGCUCGUAGCUCUGGCAAGAGGAGGAUGGGAGAGAGGGUUGGAUUGUCUCCUAUUGAAAUACCCAAGAAGAGACACCCUAUACGGGAUCUUACUAUCACUCCUGCCCCUCCUAUUGUCCCGCCAUCUUUAACUAGCCUACCUCCAGCAGAGGAAGGAAUGGAUGUUGAGAUGUGUACCCCAGAGGGAGAGAGAGGAACCGGAGGAAGGAUGGGAGUACAGAGGAGACUGUUUGGGGGGAGAGUCCUCGCAGACAAGACCAAUAGUCCACCCUGGCAUACGAAAGGUAAUGAAGACAUACUCACCGAUGGUCACAGACUAGCUCAAAGACAGAAACAAAUUGAAAUGGGAAAGAACACGAUCGGAUAUGAAAGCUACAUAGCAACACUACCAAAAGCUAGCCGGAGACAUUCUGACCCAUGGACUCCUGACAAGUACAAGAAAUGCAGUACCAGAGCAUGGCAAGGACAGUACAGACUAUGGCGGAAGAGCCUACAUCGCUGGGACCCACCCAGUGCCUCCACUGUACCAGCGACCAGUAACCAGUUUACUAGCGAAGACGCAGCACUGUGUGACAUUAAUAUUGACUUUAGCGAGAAUCCAUUAGAAGUUUAAAAUCGAUCAAAUCUAUUUUA